AUGUCCGAUAAGGCAACGCUCCGUCUCAAACGAGACUAUAUCCGUAUUCUGCGGGACCCGCUUCCUUUUAUUGUGGUCCAACCCCUCCCGGAAAAUAUCCUCGAAUGGCACUACGUGAUUCUCGGCACGCCCGGAACGCCCUUCGAGAACGGUAUCUAUCACGGAAAACUAAUUUUCCCGGAAGAGUUUCCCUUCAAGCCUCCGUCAAUCAUGAUGCUUACGCCGAAUGGAAGGUUCAAAACCGGAACCCGCUUGUGCCUCUCGAUCAGUGACUUCCAUCCGGAAACUUGGAAUCCCACGUGGAACGCGGGGGCAAUCCUUCUGGGCCUUCAAAGCUUCAUGGCAGAGAGGACGCGGACGGCGGGAUCCGUCCAAUCAACCGACGACAGAAAAAGGCUACUCGCAGAGAAGAGCCUCAAAUUUAAUCUGUCGGAUCCCACGUUCUGUGAGCUGUUCCCGACAUUAGCAGAGGAAUGUCGCUCCUCUGUGCGAGAGCGACAGGAAGAGAAACAGCGGAACCGGGCAAAGCUCCGCGCAAAUACUGGGGCGAUUGAUUCGAUCGACUUCGAAGAGAAAUGCACAAGGCGAGGCUCUGUCUGCACGCGCUGCGUAGUCAUGAUCGGCAUCGCGGCAAUCGCUUUCUUCGCGGGUAAAUAUUUCAUGUCGGAGGCAUCGCAGACAUGAUCAGGAAGAGCUUCCGGUGAUCCUGAAAACUACGUCCGAGCUUCGACGCGGUGUUCCCAACCCAGUUCGCACAUAUAUAAUAUAUAAUCUACCUCGCCGCAUUCUUCGUGAGAUUCCAGUGGGGUUCAGCUCAGAUUCCGGACGCAUUCCGAGAGGCUUGAAUAUUGGGCGAGGACAUCUUCCGGAGCCGGAUACUCAAUGCAAUGAAAUGAUUUGUACAGUCACUUUCUGGAUAACGUU